CUCUCUCUCUCUCUCUUUCUCUCUCUCUUCCAGCCCAUUUCAACCAUAUCUCCUUGUCUCUCUCCCGCAUUUUUCUAGGGUUCCAUUUUCAAAACCCUGAUUGCCCAAUUCUAGCUCUCUCGUUUCUCCCACUCCAUUCCAUAUCUAGGGUUUCUUUCAGAAAUGGCAUUCAACUAACAGUCCAUGGAAUCACAUUGACAGUCGUCCCACCAAAGAUGACAGAAAAAGAAGAGCACGACAGCGCUAGUGGCGCUAGUUUCCGCAUCCUGCAGCCCAAUCGCGACCCUAAAUCGAACUGGGCUGUUGAUCUCGCCAAGAACCUCGAAGACUAUCUUCUCAAGAUCUGUUCCAGAGAAAUCGAGGCUGAAGUUGAAGGCGGCCACCCCUCUGUGAAUUUUGUCGAAGUUGCUCUGCUUAUUCAAGGUUCGAUUCAGGUGUAUAGUCGAAACGUGGAAUAUCUAUAUUCUUUGGUUUUGCAUGCGUUGGAGUUCAUUUCUCAGAAGAGAUUGGAUGGCUAAAAAAACAUCAUGGUGGUAGUCAGAAGUUAAUUUCUGAAGUAACUGAAGUUUGGAGCUCAUCUCUUUGUACCAAUGGUAGGGAAGUUAAUUUCAGUUUCCAUUAUUUCCACUCUAUUGAACUUUAGUUGUUAAAAUUUCAAAAAUUGUGGUUUUAAAUUUAAUUAGGGUGUUGGAAGGAAAAGACAAUCAGCAAUAAAACUGCAUCUAAAGAAGUCUACCUCCCAUGAAGAAAGA